AGAUGUGACAGACGAGAAACAGCUCUCCCUUUGUGUAAUCCAUUUACCAGUUCUUUUUUCACGCUGGCAUUAAACGUUGAAAUAUAAAAUCAUUGUUUUUAAAUAUAUUGGAGGCGUAGCUACGAUAUAAACGCAUUUUAAAUAUGUAAAAUGUCUCAUCCCGAUGUCUCUACUUAGAGGAAAUCAGAGUUGCUAUGUAGCGCAACCAUGCGGAGAUUCCGUCAAACUGCGUUUACCUGUUUUGUCGUCAUAGAGCUGCGGUUUCCAGGGGGAAGUAUUUGAGAGUAACACCCCCCGACCUCAAAGCGGCAGGAUGCGGUUGUGUGCAGUGAUGCGAACAUUUCUCAAAAGCAGAAGUCGUUGUGGAGCCUGGGACAGGUUGCUGCAAAAACAGAGCCGUGCCUCCAUUUGCUCCCACGUUCAUUCCUUCAAUGAGGCGAACAUCAGAGAGAAGCUUCAGGCCUUUCCUGGUGGCUCCAUUGAUCUGCUCAAACAAGACUCCGGGAUAGCUGUGCUGACCAUUAAUAAUCCAUCUCGCAUGAACGCUCUCUCUGGUAGUAUGAUGCUGGAUCUGGAAGAAAAGGUGACCCAGCUAGAGAACUGGACAGAUGGGAAAGGCCUUAUUGUGUGUGGUGCUGCUGAAACUUUCUGUUCUGGAUCAGACCUCAGUGCUGUCAGGGCAAUAUCUAACACACAGGAUGGGAUGAUGAUGUGCAUGUUCAUGCAAAAUACUCUAACGAGGCUACUCAGGCUGCCACUGAUCUCUGUGGCUCUGGUGGAGGGAAAAGCUUUGGGAGGAGGUGCAGAAUUUAUCACCGCCUGUGAUUUCAGGUUGAUGGCCCCUGACAGUGUCAUCCAGUUUGUCCAUAAACAUAUGGGGCUGGUCCCAGGCUGGGGCGGUGCUGCGCGACUCGUCCGUAUUGUUGGAGCCCAAAAGGCACUUCAGCUUCUUGCUGGUGCUCUAAAGGUGAACCCCACACUUGGACUUCAGAUUGGGUUGGUAGAUGAAGUCCUAAAAGACCUUCACACUGAUAUGGCUGUAGGGACCACCCUUAAACAGGCUGAGCAGUGGCUGAGCAAUUAUGUUAAAGGACCAGUCCCUGUUAUUCAAGCUGUGAAGAAAGUGGUGUUGUCGGGGAGAGAGCUUCCUUUGUCCGAGGCUCUGAGGACAGAGAUGUCGGUCUUUGGAACAGUGUGGGGGGGUCCAGCUAACCUACAGGCUCUGGCCAACAAGUCUAAACACAAAUGAACCAACAGCAUUCUCCUGUUUAGUUACUUUAAAGACACUUAUAUCAGGAGAGGAUUCAUGUAGACUAAACAAAUAAUGCCCAGCGAGAAAUUACCGGUGAAAUUAUAGGUUUGCUCCUUUUGUGUGUGUUGUGCUAAAGUAAUUUGGAUAUUAAAUCAGGUGUCAAAAACACUGAUACUAUGAAGUCCUGUUUUUAUAUUUGUUUUAUACACAUAUAUCGUAUUUAUUAUAUUUUAAUUACCUUUUAUUAUCUAUAUUUUUUAAUUUACCUUGCCUUAAAUAAUGACAAAAGAAUAUCCACUUACAUUUAAUGCACUAGAAGCUGAAGUAAAGAGUACACAGGUGCUGCUUACACACUGGCCAUAAAUUAUUUAAGAACUGCAUCAGUUGUUCCCUUUUAUUCUUGAAUGAACUCAUUAAAGGUCAAGGUUGCUCACCAUGGCUGCUUAUUAGGCCUUGUGUGCCUUCAUUGCAGAGUGAGUUGUUUUUAUGGACUCAUUUAGAAUCACAAAUGUCACCACCAGGGUUCCUAUUUAGAGCACUAUACAAACAAGUAUUUGGGUUUUUUAUUACAUAUUUGAAAUGUAUUUGCAAAAUAAAUAUUUAAAUACACACCUUUUGAUAGCUCCAGGCACCCCACUUUGGGAACCACUGAACACCACAAAUGAGAAGUUGUAACCAUAGAAGUACUGGUGACGGUGCCAAGGACAGGGAGGUCCCUGGGGAAAUGUCAGACUCCUCUCCUGAUCCUCUUUCAUCAGGUCAUGUUCUCAUCCAGUCGGUGUGACUGUCUGCUGUGGCCCAGAUUCAGCUUCAAAAUUUGCAUACAUUUGUUCAUAUCACCACCGAAGAAUGUAGAUACAGUUGUAAAAGAUUCUCUACUCAUGGGACAACAAUACUAAAAAUGUCCUUCUGGAUGAGGAAAUGUCACAAUUUAUUCUUAAGUCAAAAACCUUGUAACAAAAAAUGCCAGGCAAAACAAACUGUUACACACACUUUAUUUUUCAGAGUGGAAAUCUAAAAGCUGAUGAUGUAAGCAUGUAAGAAUUAUAAAAAUAACAUAACCUGAAACCUCUGCAGGGGAACAGAAAUUUAGCUGACACAUUUUCUUCAACUGCCUCGGAACAACAUAGAAGUAAAAGAAUUUACAACCAUUGAAAA